AUGAGCGAUGAUGGAGAGGAAAAUAAUAGGGGUAAGCGUGAAAACGUUAGUUUUCCACAUGCCCAAUCAAAUGUGGUUUCUAAUUUGGAUGGCAACACCCUGCUCAACGAUUCCUUGGUUCAGCAGAGUUGUUCGCCCACUGAGAGUAAGGAGGAUGUGAAAACUGAGUACGAUAGUUUUGUGGAUGCCCCCGUGAUUCCUCUGACAGAAAAGUUUGACGAUAACUAUUCCCAACCGGUUAGUACAGUAAACCCGCGUGAUGAUAGUAUAAAGUGUGAAAUGGAUGUGUUGCCUGCGUCUUCCCUCACCUCUGUUUGUAACAGGAAGGUGAUACACGGUGAAAAAGUCGAUAACGAUCGAGUCAAAAUAGUGCGAGACUGGCUUUUAAUGCCAGUUUUAUCCCAAGAUUCCGACUUCGAAGGCGAUGGUGACGAUUUUAUUGAUACUCUUUUACAUAUUGCUGAGGACAAGAUGUACCUUUAUGGCUUCUACGAACGUUUGGGGCAAACCGAGUUAGUAACGACUAGGCGGAUAAAUAAUAGAAAACGUUCUAGGGGAUCCAACGGCAUUUCUCACGCUACGGGGAACCAAGGCGCUCAAGCACCCGUCAUGGCAACAUCACCCCCGCAAGUUUUGCCUUUCUCUUUCGUCAAUUGGUUGCCAAACAGUGGCAAAGGGCGUUGUGAUCCCGAAAGAGUGCAUCAACAAACCAUCUCAUCGGACGCUAUUUUGUGUUCUGGGGAGAAGUACACGCUCUGUAGGUACGCGCUAAGCAGUGGGAAAUUGCGAAAGGAAUGUGCUGAUCCUUAUCAGUUUCUUACUGCGAAGUUGCAAGAGAUACGACAUUGCAUGGAAGAGGAGUUGAUGGGCGAUGCUAAAAAUUCCAAUGAGAAAAAAACAGGGGUCACCGACUAUUGA